AUGAAUGCAAACACAGAGAGCAGCAGCGAUUUAUGCAGAGGUCCAUUUUCGGCGACUAAGUUGGUGAGUAUACAAUCUAAGGUCACCUCGAUCGUCAAUGAAGUGGCAUGCUAAUUAUCGACAUUUUAUUCGAUUUAACAUUUUCUACAUGAAAUGAGACAUCUUCCAUAGACAAAACAAGGAAAUUUCCUCUGUCUUAUUUCGCUUGCUUGUCCUUUUGCCCCUUAGUGGAAUGACAUCGUGCAACAGAUGAAAAGCAAUGUUUCAGUGAAACGAAGAAGAUGGCGGAUGAAAGUGUUCGAAGAUGCGUUUGUAGCUUCUGAAGCAUUAGACUGGCUUCAUGGCUUCCUUAAGGAAAAUCCAAACUUUGGAGCUGAUGUGACUCGACAACAAGCCGUGCAACUUUGUAGUAAAUUUCUCAAAAAUGGAAUCAUAACGGACGCACGAGGCAAGCAAUAUAAUGGAAUGUUCGAAGACAACAACCAUCUGUAUCGGUUCACGGACAAGGUUCGAUAUUCGCCUUAUAAGGCCAAGCGCCCUCCGAAAAAUGAGAGAUCUCAGGCGCCGAAGAGCGAGAAAGAAACAACCAGAACUGUAGCGGCACAAAAAAGGACGCUGAGUACAAUUUAUCAAGAUGAGCCAACCGAAGAUUGGUCAGUUUCUAACACUGUUUCAACGCCAUCCAGUGGCAGUGGAUACAAUCUUCGAUCUAAUCCGCUUACGAUCGGCCCUUCUAGAACACCUCUGGUUAAUAGAUUGAACGUUCAAAGCGCUAAAAGAGGUAAUCCCGGAAACUCAGUUAAGAGUACAGGUGGUGUUAAGUUAAGAAGGAGAAGCAAUCGUCGAGACGACUUACAAGAUGUCAUAAUGAAUCCUGCAGCUUUUGUUGCCCACAAUCGGCGCUCAUUAUCUGAUAAGGAAAUUAGUGAAGUCUGGUGGAAUAUUGCCACCAUUCGGUGAGUAAGACAGGCCUCUUUCAGAUAAAGUUGAACCCCCGGGCGCGAUCCAUUCAACCAAAAUUUCCGAAAAUUUCGGUCCAAAACUCAAUGGAUCGGUUCGGUUCAACCGGAAAAGUUUCGAAAAAACGGGUCCACCUUUUGAGGUGGACCACUUUUCCCGGUCGGACCAGUUGGAAUUUUGGUUGAAUGGAUCGCGCCCUCCAUGUCCGUCAUAAAACCAGUUUCCCAGUAAAACUGGAACCUGUUGUAUAUAGGUUACACGGGAGUGACCUCCUGGCAUUUCAGGUCCACGUUGUGCAAAAAAUUCUCCCGGCUAAAACAUAUAGUGAUGCAAAACCUUCGAGAUCAACACAAAUUUUGUCCAAAGCCUGGGGCACUUUCCAUUCAACAAAAACUUUGGGGUGAAAAAAAAAUUUUGGAAAUUCCAUGUGCCCAGUGGAACGGUACAUUCUGGCUGCACAGAUCAGACCCAAGCCACCACGCAUUUGCUUAUUGUUGUUGUAAGCAGGAUGCAAAAGAAUUGUACUGGACACAGCAAUUUUCCCAAAUGGAAAAGGACAUUUCCGCCAGACUAACUGGAAUGAUUGAGCAGAUCAAAGUGGUCCCCCUUCAAAGCUGGUCCCAAAUACUCUGGUCAGACUGAACCAAAAUGGUCCAUUAAAUCAGUAAAAUUUGGUUUUUUAUCUAACUGGGGAAAAGCUCCUAGAAUCUUUUGGGCUGAAUGGAAAAAUUCCCUCAACUUCCUCUGGUAUAGGUCAAGGGUUCCACCCACCCCCAUCUGUCACCCAGGCUCUCAGGUUCCAUUGGUGCCCACCUGUCUGUCCAGGGUAUGGUUCAAAAGUUUGGAACAUUAAGAGCUAUUCCUCUAGUGGGGGGGGGUACUCCCUUAUGAAAGUGGUCUAAACAGGUAUGUGCUACUCAACAGGGUAUGGUUUUCAGGUUCUCGAGGAUAUCCCAUUUCACUAUUUAGCAAUUUGUCAUAUUUUACAGCUUAAAGAGACUGAUGGAUCUAGAUGAUUCAGUUAUAAAUUCACUAAAAGAUGAUGACUAUGAUACAAGUUGUGUGCAUCACAGUUCAAUGAAACAAGAGUUUCCAAAAGGUAAAAUGCAAUCUUGGAAUAUGGAUUAUGAAUUAACAUGUCAACACCAGGUACAUGCAAUUAUUACUUUUCAACACUGAUUAAAACUGCUUUUCAAUGAAACAUUUUUUUAUUCUUAUUAUUUUUCUAAACAGCUGCUGAAGUCUUACCUCAGUGGCUAAUACCUGCAAUGAAAUGCCUGAUACAUUGUAAGUCAAGGAAUAAAAUUAAUGUUAAUGCACAGUGCAUUUUACUGCGCUUUUUAAAAACACACAAAGUCCAAUGUUCAAUAGUCAACUGAUGUUUGCGUUUUUCGCUGCCAUCAAUCAUCUUAGCCAACCUCUUAGGAAACAGAACUUUACUUUAAUGGGUUCAAAAGGUCAUGGUUUGUGAUUAGUUGCAUUUGAUCCGUUUUAUGUGUUUCAAGGUUCAUUGCCUGUGAUCCUAAUAAAUGAUUGAUGGCAGGCGAAAAAUGCAAAAUUGUGAAGGCAGCUUUUGAACUUCAGAGUUUGUGUGUUUUAGAAAGGCACAGUAAAAACAACUGGUUAUACUAUAAUUGCUUUGUUUCUCUAACAAAGGAAAGUCUACUAUGGAAGUAAUGAAAUUUUGAUGUUUGUCAUACCUCCCAGAAAUAGCCUAGUGUGUAACUCUGUAGGGCAGCGUCACAAAGGGCUGGGGGCCAGGAUUUCCGCUGGUUGCUAUGAACAUGGUUAAUUAAAAUACAACAGUUUUAGUGUUUAAUUCUCAACAUGGAAGGGUUGCAUAUACCUUUGGAUAAACCUUAGUGCCUUUAUAAUGAAAUUAUUUGUGGUAAUUAUUGGAAACAAAAUCCAUUAUAGGUCUUUUAAAUGCCAAAACUUUUCCCAAAUUUUUCUGUACGGACUAAAUUAUUAGUGUUUUUUUUUUUCAUGAUAUGUUUAAAAUUUAGGGCCAAAUGGAGAUUUUUCAAAGCAAAGCUUUCCCAAGUAUGCAGGUUUUGAGCGAGAUGUGUUCAAAGCAGUCGUGGAGUAUUUUGAUGAAGAAGAAAGAUGUCCACUAGUUCCAAAGCGAAUGCUACUAGUCUUCAAGAAAAUAGUUGGUAAUAAUAAUAAUCUUAGAAAUAAUAAUAAUAAUAAUAGUGAUAAUAAUUAUAAUAGUGAUGAUGAUAAUAAUAAUAAUGAUAACAAACAAAUGGUUUUUGUUGGUGUUUAUGUCAGAUUACAGGCAACACCCAGGGCUGUCUCUAAAAAUUUCAGGUUGCUGGGUAUAUACAAGUAGGUGGGAUACUGAACAGAGUUAGGGUUAGGUUAGAUCAGAUCCAGGGGAGGGGCGCCCACCCCUUAUUUUCAGACCAAACUGAGUCCCUAAGGGCCGAAAAAAAUUUGUUUGGAGACUGCCCCUCCCCCUUAUCUCCAGCUCUGGAUGACCGUGCCCCCACCCCCUCCCCUAUCUGAAGGUCUAGAUAUGCCACUGGCUAGCUAGGGAGUUCUUUUGGCCUCAUUUUCCUUUUGUUUCUGGCCCAACACAAGCUACUAAAGCCACAGUGGUGCCUCCAUUCAUUAUUAAAUAAUAGGGUAGUUUAAAAAAUUUUAACAAUUUUUAUGAUAAUCUAAUGGUAAGUUAUUAAUGAAACUGAAUUUAUACUGUCUUAUUAUUCUUCAGAUUAUCUGUUUAAAUGCAAGCUUACAGCCAUGCGAUCUCUGCAGUACUGCUGUUUAAUGAUUCCCGUAAAGAACAGAGAAUUGCUACAAGUGCUGUUGAAAUUUAUGGUUCGCCUACUAGACAAUCAUGCACUUUCGUUAAGUGAUGAUUUACCUACAAAAGAAAAGGUAAUUAAAAUUGGUGGGAAUGUAUUGAGCUUCAAGUUUCUAUCACAGAUAUCUCUGUAUAAUAUCACCCAUGAGUCAUAAUACUAGUUAAUUUUCAACAAUGCCUACCACCUGACCAUCUCCUUGCUUGUACAGCACUCUGGUUCAUACGGUCACGUUUUCUCCGACAUUACAAGAAACCCACUCUUUUCCACAUCAAGUCUUUAUGUUUUAAAACGUUUAUUAUUGUCUUGCAUUGACAGUUGAUCCAGUCUUUUAGCCAUGCCAUAUUUGGUGUAACAGCCGACAUGGAUGUUAUCAGACUUCUGUACUUUAUGCUGGAAAAAUUUCCGGAAUACUUCAAGGUAAAUAUCGCUUGGCAAACUACAUCAGAUUUUCUACUGAAUUCUUAAAACCAAUACCGGGGGGAGCUUAAGCAACAACGCGGACGGGGGCGGCUACGAAAACGUCUCCUAAAAAGUUAAGUUGCGUUUAUUCAAACUUUGUCGCGCUUAUUCCCUAGCGUUCAAUUCGUCAAAUGUUGGCAGUUUUUUCUGGAGUUGAAUUCCAAAAGACUGUAUCGAAGUGCAGGAAAAGAAAAAGAAAGUCGUUUUCUCGUGUUCACGGGUUCCACAAAAAGUGAAAAUAGGCUUGUCAGAUGUAAGUGUAGAGUUGUUGUUUUGCUAAUUAAACGCAUUGCGUUUUUACCGUUCUCGCUGCUUAAGCUCCGAAGCGAGACUCAACGAGGAUGUUCGUGCUCAAGGAGAGGAAAGGAGGGGAGGGCCCUCUCCCCUUCGCGUCUUUUCCUCAUGUGCUUUGUAAACACUAACCAAAAAAAUAACUAGCACCUGCAAAUCACGGUAUUUCCUCUUUUCAUUAACUGGUAUGUGAUGUACAUUUGCAGAAUCCCGAGGGACUUCAGUUUCAAGUGGAGCAGCGUCUCUUAUUCCUUAGAAAUUGUCGUGAUAACAAGGUAUGGCCACACCCAAAGCCCAAAUAAACCCUUUCCUCUUUCAAGAGCGUUUACAAAGGCGCACUCUUUAUAGUUAUUGUUUGGGGCAAUUUUUUGUGUGAGAGUACACAUAUACGACGACACCCAAACACAAAUAAACCCUUUCCUCUGUCCACAUGGAAGGAUCAAGUAAUCCUUGAUGGAACAUUUCUAAGCACCACAAAUCUAAAAUGUACUUGCAACUGCACACUCUUAGUAAUUAUUUGGUACACAUAAAGAUCUUGAGAUUUACGGUCAUUUGGCGAACGUCAACGUCUUUGGUUGUUUCGAUAGUGUCCUAAGUCAGUUUCCCAACUUCUUUCGCCUGAUCAGUGACAUUAAGCGUGUGAUAUUCUAGUUGACAGUACCAUCCCAAGCUCUUCCCUCUGUCAAAUCCUACUGUGAGAAGGUCACGCCACAAGAGUUCAAAGAGCAGUCAUUGAUCACAUCGCAGCGUUCAUUGAAGGACCUUCUCAACAAAAUAAUCGUGGACGAGAGCAUCAGCGCAAAAGAGAGAAAGAGACAACUGAAACAGGUUCGUAAACUCAGACUGGCAAUCCCGACGCGAUACUGGUCCGGUCAUUUCGACACAAAGUCGUCUCAGUGAAUCUGCUGGACAAUUUCGAUCACUGACACUUACAGUAUCGAUAGCGCGUGAACAAGAAAAACCGAUGGCGUGAGUAUUCCUCGUUCUAUAAGCUAACUUCUCGAAACUACACAUCGGCUGAAUCAACUUGUGUCGAAACGACCGGUAAAGCCUGUAUCGCAUGAUGAGAUGCAGUGUACCGGAAAGGCGUGGUCAUGUCGGGGUUUCGAUUCCUGUAAUUUGCUGUAUUGUUUUUUUCACAGAAGAUCCUGGAAAAUGAUGUAUUUGUUACCCAUGUUUAUUGAAAUCAUGUGCGAAGCAAAGUUCCCACGUUUUUUUGGCUCUUUUAUUGCUGCAGAGACGCUUAGAGACGUCGAGUAGAAAUGAAACUUCCAUCACGGGUGAGGAAGAGAAGCAAAAACCAGGAGCCUAUCCUCCUGCAAAAACGGGUAUUUUUACCACUUAAGAUAAAAGCAAUAACUUUCACAACAACUUGCAAACUUUGUUCACGGUGUUUUUUCUUUUGACUUUCGCAGUUCGAAAAGACGUAUCCUGAAAUUUACCGUUCAAGAUUGCCUGGGGACAACUUAUCUACCUGUUCAACAGCAUCACAGAGGUCCGAAAAGCUAAAACAGGUCAUGAAACCGCUGGCCAUUCUUAAGAACUUGCGAUGAUGGUUGAGAGUCAUGUGAUAGAGACGGCGCUUCUUAUUCGCUUGCCUAAAUGCAAGUUUUUUCUGUUUUAUGAGGGCACGCGCAGUUGAAAGAUAAGCUAGUUAACAUUUCCCGCCUCUUCAGAAACUGCGUAGAGCCUGGUGCGAGUGAGAAGGGGGUGCAGCUUAUUAGACUGUCCAUUUCCCCCAUAGACCUAAAACAACUCAGUUUGACGUUAAAAUGCUUGAUUUGGGGAUUGAGUAUUACGAAUGCAGGGAUCGCCCAUUGAUGUUUUAAAAACUAAAAUUCAAUAUAAUUCAAAAACACAGCAGGGGGGGAUCUUCAAUUUCUGUCAUUCUUCAAUUAUAUAUCAUUUUCUUGAUUGCAGAGUUGAGGGUGAGGUUUUUUUGCCUCAUGCGGGAACUCAAAGUAAAGUGAUGUCAUAUGUUAUAAGACGCUAACUUUUCAAUAGUGAUUUUUGUCGGCCAGCUCUACGUAUCAUGGCGAACUCAAGCGUUUCCCCGUUUAUAACCAAUUUAUUAUUUUUAUCCCCUUUUUAUAAUAGGCUAAUCAAAUACAAAA